UCACGGCUUCAAACGUUGUUUCUUCGUUAGUGUUUUUGUUUUUGCCUUAUUCUUGUUACCAUGAGCGACAGUAAAUUCGCAUUUUUGCUGCUCGUCUUUACAACUGUAGCCAUAGACGAAAAACAGUUGGAUUUUGGAUAAAUUAAAUAAAAGACGUGUUCUACUAUGACGAAAUUAAGUAUCAUCCUAGUCCUUCUAUUUACGGUGGAGCAGAUUCGGAGCUCUCCGGCCGGCCGAGUCGAACAGGUAGUUCUUGACACGUAUGAAAUCAAGGCGAGGGCCGUCCUGGAUCGUGUGCCUCUCAUCGAUGGCCACAAUGACUUUGCCAUGUCCCUACGUUACUAUGCAAGGAACCAAGUUGGAGAUCUGGACAUCAAUGAUUUAACCACCUUGGAACCGUGGGCCAGUUCCCCUUCGUCACACACGGAUAUCAAUAGACUUCGUCAAGGAAAAGUCGGCGCCCAGUUUUGGUCAGCCUACGUGGGUUGCACAACCCAAUACAAGGACGCUGUGUCUAAAACAUGGGAACAGAUUGACGUCAUCCAUCGAUUUGUGGAUGCUAAUCCGACUACCUUUGAAUUCGUUACAUCUGCGCAAGGGAUUGAGGACGCGUUCACCCAGGGGAAAAUUGGAAGUCUGAUUGGAGUUGAAGGUGGCCAUUCAAUCGAUAGCUCUUUGGCCGUUCUCCGUAUGAUGUACGACAUGGGUGUACGUUACAUGACAAUGACGCAUUCAUGUGCUACUCCAUGGGCCGAUAAUUCGCAAGUGGAUAAUCCAGGCGGUGUAGCUGUUCACGAUGGUCUCACACCAUUUGGAAAGACUGUGGUAGCAGAAAUGAAUCGACUUGGAAUGCUACUUGACCUAUCGCACGUUUCACGAAAAACAAUGAGGGACGCAUUGGAAACGAGCACGGCCCCUGUCAUAUUCUCGCAUUCGUCAGCUUAUGCGUUAUGCAACAAUACCCGUAAUGUUCCCGACGAUAUUUUGCAACUUGUGGCUCUAAACGGAGGUAUCGUCAUGGUAAAUUUUUUCCCGAGUUUCGUCACCUGUAGCUCGACGGCAACCGUUCAAGACGUCGCAAACCAUAUGGAUCAUAUCCGAAAUGUCGCCGGAGUGGAUCACAUUGGAAUCGGUGCCGAUUAUAACGGCAUAACUGAGGUACCUGUAGGACUGAAGGACGUGUCAGAGUAUCCGAAUUUGUUCGCCGAACUCCUGGCUCGCGGUUGGGCGGAAACCGAUCUGGAGAAAGUGGCCGGACUUAAUUUGCUACGAGUUCUUAGAGGCGCCGAAUCGGUACGGGAUCAGAUGGCAGUUACGGGAGUGAAGCCGUUUGAUGAAUGGAUUCCGCAAGCGGAUCUGCCGGCCGAAUCGCUACCUUGUAGCACCGGGCAGGUUAAGAUCGACCAAUCAUCUCCCCAAUAAUACAAUUUCCCAAUAAAGUUCAUUUAAAAAUGGCAA